UAGGCUGCGAACCAGACUGGGGUACCAGUUACAGGAAUUUCUCAGAUCCAGCGAGGAUAAGACAGACGGGGCCAUUUCUACUCUCCCACAAGAGCCCAAAUCUCACUGAUUCACCUUUUCCAUUCAGCAGUGCAAGAUUGGAAUGAGCUCCCCUCUGCCCUACAUUCGGCUGCGAAGAAAGAUAAAGUUUGAGUCUGAGCCAACGCUGUGGCCUCACCAGAGAGGAGGCUGGUCUUUCGUGAUAGAACAACUUCGCAGUCACCUUUUCGCUCCCGAUGGCAUCCUCGUCGUCAGUGCCCUGGAAGAGAACAUAUCCAACGAGGAAGUAAUCGAGGAGCCCUGGAUCGGAUUUGUUCACCAGGUUCCUCGGAGUAAUUACCCCUGGUACCCCGAUCUCGAGCGAAUGCUGACGAGCAAACAUUUCAUCAAGUCCCUCGAAAAGUGCCACGGGCUGUUUGUCAUUUCAACACGUAUCAAAGACUACCUCGUGAAGCAUGUCCAAGUACCCGUAGUGAAGGUUCUAUACCCAAUCACUCCGUUUCCGGAUGAGCUCAAAUUUUCCCGUGAAAAGUUUCAAGCCGAGAGCCCCAGGCGUGUUCUAUUCAUUGGGGAGUUCAUGAGAAAUUUCCAGGCCUUUUUCGACCUUGAGGCACCGGCAACGUACAAGAAGAUACUUCUGCGGUCUUCCGACGUCGAUUUAGCAAACCUCUACAACAACAAGAGGGAUAAGAUACGACUCAGAAUGAACGACAGUGUUACAGUUAGAGAGCGGGUGAGCAAUGACGAAUAUGACCAUCUCCUGAGCUCCAGCAUUGUGUUUCUGAACCUGUUUGAUGCCGGGGCCAACACAACCGUCCUCGAAUGCCUCUCUCGACACACGCCUCUUGUUGUCAACCGGUUGCCAGGGGUAGAAGAAUACCUCGGCAGCGAAUACCCUCUUUAUUACGAAACACUCGACGGAGCAAGUACGCUGCUUGCCAAUGACGAUAAGCUAAUGGAAGCAUCGCAGUACAUGGCCCAGCAUUUCAAAAGCCACCCACUGACGGGAGAGCGAUUCAUACGAGAAUUUGUCAGCUCUUCUGUCUACCGUUCCCUCCCUCUCCCGUCUUCGCAGCAAGCCGACACCAACCAAACAAAGUUCUCUCGGUUUGACCUGACUGUUGUCGUCUGCUCUUACAAAAGAGUCUACAACAUGAAGCAGCUUCUGGAGCGCUUCGUGAAGCAGGACUACUCCGGCCGCUUCGAACUCAUUCUCUGGAACAACAACAGAGAAACUCAAGCCGAAAUCGCCGAAAUCUGCGCCCCGUUCGAGAACCGGCUCAAUAUCCGUCUCAUCCAAUCCUCGGAGAACUAUUACUGCGUCAUCCGUUUCGCCGUGUCCCAGCUGAUGAGCAGCGAACUCCUCCUGGUGUGCGACGAUGACGUUCUUCCUAACCCAAACUACAUCUCAAAGUUUGUAGCGAAAUACGUGGAGUACGGGCGCAGGGCUGUGAUUGGUUGCCGUGGACACGUCUUUCGGCAGCACUCGCUCGACGUGGAGAAGCCCCACCUUUUCUGGGAAGACUACUGCAACAUGAAGUUCUUUGACGAGGGAAAGCCAGACCGUCAGGUCCACUUCCUCCACGCAGACAGUUGUCUCAUUCCGCGGUCCCUCCUCCUGGAAGUGGCGUCCUACGCCCUCCCCUCCCCUGACUACAUCCUCAUCGAUGACUACUGGAUGAGCUUUGUCCUCUCACACCACCUGAGGGUCCCCCUGUGGAAGAUAAAAGGUGAUGACAUCAUGGCGUUGACCGAGUGUGCUGACGAUGAGAACAUUGCACUCUGCCACAACAAGGACGUUAGAGAGCAGAGCGUCAAUUUUUACUGCUACCACAUGGCGCAGGGCUGGCCUGCCAGCUGCCCCCUGGAAAUAUAGGGGGCAUUAUGUAGAUUAGGGUUGACCUGUUCCUUUGCGCCAUGAUCUUAAUCCGCAAACUUGAGUUUCGUGUUCAGAUUAGCGUGUACAAUACAAAAGACACUUAAUUCUGUUACGGUUAUAAUAAAUAACUUUUUGGCGAG